AUGGCUUCACUCUACUGGUCAUUUGGACUCAUGUCAGCGUCAAGCGAGCCCGAGUUCCCGAAAACCACAGCGCAGUGUAUCUUCAGUGCUAUAACCAUGACGACGGGCUUCUUUCUCUUCGCCUACGUGAUCGGUAAAUUCACAGAUAUCAUCGAGCUCACGACCUCGGAAACCAGGGAAUUCAACGCCAAGAUGGGGGCUGUUCGGCAGAUGCUCAACCAUUUCCAACUCCCUGACGCUCUUCAAGAACGGCUGAAAACUUUCGUCCUGUUCAAACGUUUCCAUACAAUCACGCAGGAACACCUUCUUGUUCAUUGCCUGCCACCGUCGUUACUUACGGACAUCCGUCUUGUUCAUCUGAAGCGUAUGAUUGAGCGAGUGGAAUUUCUAAGUGGCAUGGAGGGAUCUGUCACUCGAAUGCUGGUCUCUCAAUUCACACAAGUGCUAGUGUCUCGUGGAGAAUUCGUCUGUACACUGGGAUCCAAGAGCAGCGAUAUGUAUUUUGUUUUCACGGGAGUCUUAGACGUCCUGCUACCUCUGCACGCGAUUGCCACAGCCACAAAAACAGAUAAAGUGAACGAGAUCUCGGCUGGCAGCUACUUUGGAGAAAACGGACUCUUCACCAAUGGCAGACGUGAUGACUAUAUUCAAGCCCAGACGUCUUGUAUUCUGUAUAAACUCUCUCGCGAAUCGUUGGAGCUCGUGUUUGAUCGAUACCCGGAGUGGAAGGACAAAGUCACGAGAAUUGUGAAUAUCCAUCGCGAACAAAACAGACUUUUGCAGCUUUCUCGAGAGGAGCAGCGUCGAGGAACGGAUGCCACUACUGGUUUAAUGUUAUCUCGGGCAGACAUUAUGAACGAGCGAGCCGACCGCAUCAAGGACGAACUUCAGCACUGCAGAGCAGUUUCCAUCUGUCGUGGCUUCGGUUCAUGGUGGUUUGCAUCGUGUACGUCUCCAUUUUGA